AUGCCUUCGUCCUCCUCCUCCGCCGCCGUCCAACAAUCCCUCAACAGCCUGCUCCCCACGCACGCCCACGCCGCGCCGCUCGUGCACCUGUGCGAAUCGCUCCUCGCGCAGUCCCGCCAGCGGGCCUCGCACCUGAAGCCCGACGAGGAGAUCGCCCGGGCGUACGCGUGCUGCGAGAUCGCCUGCACCCGGCUCAGGGCCAAGUGUCGCUUGCCGGCGGUCAAGACGGGCGGUGCGCCCUGCAAGCCGGCGGCGUAUAAAAAGUUGGUGGCGUUCUUGGAGAGGGUGUUGGAUGAGGAUGGUACCGCAACAACAACAACAACGCCCAAAUCGACGCCGGGUGGGAGGAAGAGGAAUGCAGAUGGAUCGCUAAAGCAGACGGGACUGGAGAGUGAGACGGCGGCUACACCGACGAAGUCUCCGGGACGACGAAGCGAUUUUUUGGGCAAGAUCAAGGCGAGCGCGAAGCGCAAGGGCGAGGGCGAGGGCGAGAACGACGGCGAAGCGCCAGCCUACACAAUGCCCUCGAUCCGCAAACUGUGCAAAACCUUCUCGACACCUCUGCUCGCUCCGCACGUCUACACCGGCACCUGCAUCGUGCUGAAACUGAGCGGUCUGUGGCCACCACCGGACGAGGACGACCCAGCAGCACCAGUGGACGAGAGCACCCUCCAAGAAACCGUGACGGGCCUCCUGACAGCGCUGUUCCUCAUGACGUUGACGCGCAUGCAGACCGCAAAGAUGACCACGUCCGUGUACAAGACCACGUGUGCGCGGGCCGUGCAGGUCCUGGGAUACAAUCCAGGGACGAAAGGCGUGGAGGAGUGGAUCCGCCGGAUCAACCGCGAGGGAUUCUGUCGCGGCCAAGACUGGUGGGCCAGCGUGCCGGAGAAAGUCUUUGACUUUGAUCCUACCGUCGUCGACGACGAUGGCGGUGGUCACCGUGCGGCACGAAACUUCAGAGGUCGACUCGACGCAGAUGAGAGCGAUGACGACGACGACGACGACGAUCAAGAAGAUCCGAUCCUCUCGAGUCGCAGAAGACGCAGGAUCCCCGCAGAUACCGCACGAGGAAGGAAAGCGGAUAACACAAUAAACGAGGAAGACAAAGAAGACGACGACCCAGACGGCGUCCUCCUCCCGGGCCUGGCGACCAUGAUGCAAGACGCGCUCGACCUGCUGAGCGCCGAGCGCACGCGCGACUUCGAGACAUGGAAGAAGCAGUUGCUGCGCCGGCUGGAGAAGCUGGACAAGACGCCUGUGCAAGGUGGUGGUGGUACGAGGGGGAGAAAGCAUGCUCGUGUCGCUGCGCCGGUGAGUGAUGGCGCCGUUGAUACCGUUGUUGAUGUCCCUCUGGCCAUAGCCGCGGAAUGA